AUGGAUGAUCAAUCACAUCAAAAGUUUUCUUUAUUAAAAUACACCAUAUUAUAGUACUGGUAAAAACUGAAGAAUAUUUUAACACUAAUACUGAUUAUAAAGAAAAGACCUUUUUUUGCAUGA